AAGGGAUGGGGACAGUAAGUUGGGUCCCGUGACAACUACUGUAUCAUACUAUCAUUUUAGUUUAUUAUCAUGAAAUGAACCAAAACGGUUUUAGUACUGGUGAAGAAGAUUCACGUGGCCCACUUGAUAAGAUAUGCUGUUUACAGGAAGACGGGUUUCGGUGUCAACGACAAGCUGGAAAUGCUUCUUAUAGUAAAAAAAUUCGCAACACUGUCAGACAACUUAAGUUACAUUUGGACGCUGUCGCGAGACACAUCUAUAUUUGUGAUCAUCACAAAAGUAUGAUUCAAAGCGCUAGAACGCUGAAACCAUCUAGUCAAGAUGAAGCACCAGAGGUAGACUUUUCACAGCUACAGAUGAAUACACUUAGGCGUUAUAAAAAACAUUUCAAAGUAGUGACCAAACCGAGUCUGAAUAAAGCUCAAAUGGCAGAGACAUUGUUAAACCAUUUUAAAACAAUAUCAGUUAACGAAAAAGAAGCCCUUACAUUCUUCAUAUACACAAUCAAGACAAAUGGCAACAAAUUAGACCAAAAAAAUGGAAAUACAGAUACACUGUCAUAGUGUAAUACUAUCUUUUUAAUUUGUAAAAAAUUAUUUAUUUUAUUAAUAUGUAUUUGUAUCAUUAGUGGUAAAAUGUAUUUAGAAUGUAUACAUUUUCAAAUGAUUAAGGGGCAAACAAUUUAUAGAUCUUUCUACAAAUAAGUGAUUAAAAAUUGUAUGUUUUUUGUUAAACCAAUAGUUGUAUUUAUUUAUUUAUUUAUUUACUUAUUCUAAAAAUGUAGUGUUUAAAAACAUUUAUUUGAACCAAAUAAUUAUAUUAUAAAUUAUAUGCCUUAGUAAACGAUGAACUCAUUUUGAGUUUGAACUUAAAAAUAUUUUUUUUUCUUAGUAAUAACAUUUUAUUUAUCACACAUUUAUAUCAUAUUUAUUUUAAAACUAUAGACCUUAAUAUGACCAUUAUAAAUAUAAUUUCAAAAUGUUAUCAUAAAAAAAAUAUAUGAAUCAAGAAUCAUAAAUCAUUGUUUUUACUAUAAUAUUUACUGAACUUUAAUAGCAUGAUAAUCAUUAUCACCAUGUUCCACAUUGACUGUACUUCUUGAUUUAAUUUAUAGUUGUACAUUUUUAUAAAAUGUAAAAUUAUAACCAUAGACGUGCACACGCAAAAGCAGCUUUCUCUGCACCUGACAAAUAAUUUUGGAUUUAGUGGGCUGGUGGAUUCAAAAGGUAUACUUAGAAUGAUUAACUUUUAAAAUAUCGAAUUAAAAAUGAAAUUAAAAUUGUUAUUAAAAUGAAAAAUAAUAAUAUUAUUUCUUAUAAGUUAUAACCAUAAUGAAGGAAAUAAAUUAACUACUUAUUAUUGUUCUAUAGGGACGGUUAAAAAUGUGUGCUGCACCCAACACAAAAUCUUGAGUACGCCUAUGGUAAUAACUUAAUUAAAAACAUACUUAAAUUAAACUUAUAUUAAGUAGAAACAAUUUUGAACUGAAACAUUAAAUACUCUUAAUAAUAUUUUUAAUUUAUUUUAAACUUAUUAAUGUAUUAACUUAAUACAAAGUUCAUUGAAUUAGUUAUUUUUAUUGGAUCUUAUAUUUACAAUAAAUUAGUUGCAUACAAA